AAUUUUCCUUUUUCUUCUUAGGAUGUUGAAUCCUAUAUCCAUCGCUCUGGACGCACAGGUAGAGCUGGCCGGACAGGAAUUUGUGUAUGUUUUUAUCAACCAAGAGAGAGAGGUCAGCUGCGAUAUGUGGAACAGAAAGCAGGAAUUACUUUUAAACGUGUAGGUGUUCCUUCUACAAUGGAUUUAGUUAAAUCUAAAAGCAUGGAUGCCAUCAGGUCUCUGGCCUCUGUUUCUUAUGCUGCUGUUGAUUUUUUCCGACCAUCAGCUCAAAGACUGAUAGAAGAGAAAGGGGCAGUGGAUGCAUUGGCCGCAGCAUUAGCUCACAUUUCUGGUGCAUCAAGCUUUGAACCACGAUCUUUGAUCACCUCUGAUAAGGGGUUUGUGACCAUGACUCUGGAGAGCCCAGAAGAAAUACAGGAUGUCACUUGUGCUUGGAAAGAGCUUACCAGAAGGCUGAGUAAUAAUGCUUUAUCUCAAGUAACCAGAAUGUGCCUCCUGAAAGGAAAUAUGGGUGUUUGCUUUGAUGUUCCUACAAGUGAGUCAGAAAGAUUACAGGGAGAGUGGCAUGAUUCAGACUGGAUACUCUCAGUGCCAGCCAAAUUACCUGAAAUUGAAGAAUAUUAUGAUGCAAACACAUCUUCUAAUUCCAGACAGAGGGGCGGCUGGUCAGGCGGCAGGUCAGGUCGUUCAGGCCGCUCUGGCCGAUCUGGUGGCCGAUCAGGUAGACAGAGUCGGCAGGGGAGCCGGUCAGGAAGUCGGCAAGAUGGGAGAAGACGAAAUGGGAACAGAAAUCGCUCAAGAAGUGGAGGCCAUAAACGGAGUUUUGACUAAGUGUUUGAUAGUUGAUCUUCCAGUGUGAGCUUGCCUAUUUCUGUCUAAUCAUGUAUAUUAUUCACCAAAAAUUAGGUCAUCAUAGUUGAGGUAUUUGUCUGUAAUUUGCAAAGAAGUUGGUCGUAUUUUUUUAAAAAGUAUUUCACAAGAAUGGUUGUAAACAAAUUACUUAUCCAGCUAUACCUUUGAAUUAAAAAAAGCCCCUUUUAUUGUCUGUUUUCAUUCUGUGUUAAGAAUUUUCUCAAUGUAAUCUUUUAAAAUUU